CAAAUGAUCACAGGUUUGGUCUAGCAGUAGCGAUCCAGAAAUUAGGCCAGGAAUAACUAAAUUCUCCUUAUCCAAAGCUUUGCAAGAUUCGACCUAUUCCUAUAUUCCAUGCUUUGCCACUUUCGAUGAUUAUAAAAUGGAUAUCGUCGACGCCCCCUUGGAUCACAAUCAAACCAAACAGAAAAAUCUAGCUGCAUACCAUUCCUGCUUGCUCUCUUGGAUAUUUGUGAUAAUGUCGAAGAUAAGCAGCGUCGUCUCCGGCCUCUUUAACCGGCGGUGCUACGGCGUGUACGCGAGGGCGGUGAACGUGCACGUCACUGCCUCGGCGGCCGCGGAGCGGGCAGAUCACGCGGCGGCGGACGGCGGGAGGGCGACAAACAAGAAGGACGUGUUCUGGAUGAGAGACCCCAAGACGGGCUGCUGGGCCCCCGAGAACCGAUUUGAAGAGGUCGACGCCGUCGAGCUCCGCAACCGACUUCUCCACCACAAGUGAAUUCCACGCAUAACACUCGCUGGCAUAUGGGCAUCUGGACCUACUCGCCAGAUCAACUAAGGCAACUGAGAAAACAGGAAUGCAUGUCAUGUUAAGUGUACUAUUACCUUAAUACACGUUCCCACUACGUGAAAAAAAACUUAAAAGUGACUGAUCAUAAUAGUCAUGAAUGAUGGAUAUCGCACCCGUUAACCCGAAUGCGUUACUGAGUGACGUGUAAGGAUCCAUCACCAAUAAUAUCAUUAGUGAUAGAUCAAAAUUUGACCCAUCACUUAUUAAGGUCAUAAGUGACAAACCACCCCGUCACUUACGACUAACGAACACUUUUCCUGUUUUUUGACAAAAAAAAAGUCAAAAAAAUAUUUUUUUUAAUCAAGAGCCACCCUAAUACAGGGUCUCGGUCUUUGCAUUUUCAAA